AUGGACAAAAAGCUGAUCCAAGCGAUGGAGAAACUGCGCCACCGAGAGGCAGAGGUCAGAAGCAUACUCAAGGCCAUGGUUGCGGACCGCACAAUGUCUACGAAGGCCGCCAAACAACUCAGGAAGACCAGAGCCACCAGAGCCAUCAGCGUGGACGACGACGACAAUCUGUUCGUUCCACGGGGCGAUCUCGAUGAGCAGUUGAAGACAGCGGAGCUUGCCGUGACCGAAGCGCUCGAGAAAGUGACCAAGUGGGAGAAGAAAAUUGAACAACACAAAGAACUUCACAACGUCUUCUGGAAUGGCUUCAACGAGUACACCGAGCAAAUGGACGAGGUCAUGUACAGGCACAUCUGCUGCAAUGAAUCGGAUCUUGUCGCAAAGAGCGCAGACGAACUCUUCGUGUACUUCAACGAGCUUAGGACUUUCCCGAAGAAAUAUGCCGACCUCGUACAGGACACCAUUCUCAAGGCAGGACGCACUCCGAAUCAAGUCAACACGUCGGCCCUUGGCCUUCUUCCGGAGACCGCGGACACGGGCGACGAUAUGAGCGACGCAGAGGAAGAGGACGAUGACGUGGGAUUUCAGCGCUACGAGAAUGACGAAGACUAG